GCGCCUAGGAGAACGUCAACACGUCUUUGCGAGGGUUUUCUCUGGCCAGGACCAACUGGGCUCGGGUCUGUCCUGUGCCUUUGGUCCCGCUGUCCCUGGGGGCGGAGGAUAGCUGUUCCGGUCUCAAGGGUGGACGCAGCGGGGCGUGGUGCUCGGACCAGUCUCCUUCCCACCCUCCCAGCUGGUCCUCCGGGACUAUCCGCCUUCUAGUCGGCUGGGAGAGGCUGGGGCUCCUGGGAUCGGCCUGGGGAAGCUGGGGCCCCAUCCCUGCUAGGGCUCUGAUGGGAGGCGGCGGGAAGAGCGACCUGGGAUGUUCAGUCUGAUGGCCAAUUGCUGCAGCUGGUUCAAACGUUGGCAGAAGCCUGUCAGGGUUGAGAGUGCAGAUACAAUUUUCACAUGGAUAGAGAAAGGUGACUCUUUUGAUGGUGGGACUUGAUAAUGCUGGUAAAACUGCAACUGCAAAGGGAAUCAAAGGAGAGCAUCCUGGAGAUGUAGCUCCCACUGUUGGAUUUUCCAAAAUUGACCUUAAGCAAGGAAAAUUUGAGGUCACCAUCUUUGACUUGGGAGGUGGAAAAAGAAUUCGGGGAAUUUGGAAGAAUUACUAUGCAGAGUCAUAUGGGGUAAUAUUUGUUGUGGAUUCCAGUGAUGAAGAGAGAAUGGAAGAGACAAAAGAGACAAUGUCAGAAGUGCUAAGACAUCCUAGGAUAUCAGGAAAGCCUAUAUUGGUGUUAGCAAAUAAGCAGGACAAAGAAGGGGCUUUAGGAGAAGCUGAUGUAAUUGAAUAUCUGUCUUUAGAAAAAUUGGUUAAUGAGCACAAGUGCCCAUGUCAGAUAGAACCUUGUUCGGCAGUCUUGGGGUAUGGAAAGAAAAUUGAUAAGUCUAUUAAAAAAGGCCUUUAUUGGCUAUUGCAUAUCAUUGCAAGAGACUUUGAUGCCUUAAAUGAACGCAUCCGAAAGGACACAACUGAACAACGAGCCCUGGAGGAACAGGAAAAACGAGAAAGAGCUGAACGAGUGCGAAAAUUACGAGAAGAAAGGGAACAAAGAGAACAAGAGCAAGGAGAACUGGAUGGAACCAGUGGUCUGGAUGAGUUGGACCCAAGACCAAUUACUGUCAAUCCUUUCCAGCCUAUAGCAUCUGUAAUAAUGGAGAAUGAAAAGAAACUUGAAAAAGAGAAAAAGAAGCAAAUGAUGGAGAAAGAUAGUGAUAUUUGUCCCCUGAAACAGAAAAUGGAGCAUGAACAAAUAGAGACACAAACCCAGACUAGUGAAAACAGCCAAAAAAACAAUGAGUUUGAAGUAGUAGAAAAUUAUAAGGAGGCAUUAACCAAGCAGUUGGAGAAUAAAGAUGAGACAGAUUGGCGAUCUUCAGAAUCAGGUAACAGUAAAAAGAAAACUAAGAAACUAAGAAUGAAAAGGAGUCACCGAGUAGAACCAGUUAAUACAGAUGACUCUGCUCCUAAGAGUACAACUCCACCUCCUCCCCGUCCUGUUGGCUGGGGAACCCCCAAAGUCACCAGACUUCCAAAACUUGAUCCUCUUGGUGAAACACGUCAUAAUGAUUUCUAUGGGAAGCCUCUUCCUCCUCUGGCUGUGAGACAGAGACCUAAUAGUGAUGCUCAGGAUGUGAUCUCAAAACCGAGUCAUGUGGAUUAGCUCUCUUAACAUCAGCAAGGUGAACUGGGACCUCUUUCUCAAAAGGAGAGAAACCUUGAUCAUUGAUGACUAGGACCAGAUUACCAUAGUGAUUUUCGUGAGAAGAUUGAUAGCCAAGGACUUAUCCUGAUAAUUACUUCUCCACGUUGUUCAUGGUUAAAGCAGAAAGGAAACUAAAUGACAAAUAGAUGGGAUGAGCAUUUGGACCAAGUUAACAAGAUGAAAUUUUGACUUUGGUUUACACGUCCCCAUUCAUGGGCAUAUCCCUGAAGGAAAACCUCGUCAGAAAAAGGCAAUGGACUCUGCAUACUUUCUUUGUUUGCUAUCCUGUAUUUCUAAGUUAAACAUUUUUAAAAGUGCAUAUCCAUGGAAGGGGAACUCCUGGGAAUUUAUAACCUAGAUUUUUGACUAUUUUUGUAUUUUUCUAUAACUUUUAAAAAAAUUACUGUUACAUUGUGCACUUUUCUACAAAUGUUUUAUUUAAAUUGUCUGGAAAAUAGUCAGUGUACUUGACAGACAUGAACUAUAUAAACAGAAAUAUUUUAUGGCUCAAGGUAUGUUUUGUAAUAACAUUAUUUUUGAACUCUAUAUCGUAAUUUGACUUUCAAAAUAAUACCUUUUAACACAACAGAUUCUCUGAUCUUUAUUCUACCAAAUUAUACAAUUUGAAAAUAUUACCCAAAGAGAGAGUUCAAAUUUGUUUCUGUUGUUUGUUUACUUUGAUAAUAAUCUCAAUAAAUUAGAGGCUUGAUAUAUCUUUUUAAUGUAAUUUUUAAAAAUUAAUAAAGAUAUGUUCAUGAGAUAUUAUUAAAAGUCCCAAUAAACUCCUGUUUUAAAUGUCAGACACUUUCAGAGAUCAGGUGCUUUCUGUCACUCCUUUGUUCUAAUAGAACCCAUAGUGACUCUUUUAGAUUAUUCUAAUUCUUUCAUGUAUUGAAGUUAAAGGCAAAAAAUAUUGAAAAAUAUACUGCAGGGCCAGAGACUUGUAUUUUACAAGUAGCUUGAGUACUAAAGCAAUAAGUUGGCUCAAACACUUUUAUAAAGAAAUGAUUCCAAAACAAUUUCUCAACUUAAAACUUCUCUUGCUCUUAAGAAUGACAUCCAUAGGAUUCUUUAUUCUGUUAUUUUGGCAAAUUAUAUAUAUUUUUAGUAAUGGAUUCAUAAUAUUUAUUUGACAGCAUGCCUUUAUAUCCAGGUGAAAAUCAUAUAUCAAAAUAAUUUCUCUAUCAUUUUGUUAAGAUUGGUGCAUUUGGUACUGUACACAGAUAGCAAACAUACAGUGUUAUCUGAGGAUAACAUAAACAAGUACGUCUGAGUUGUUUAAUAUGAUUAAAAUUUUUACUUUAGAGCAUCACAUUUUAUUCACAUGUUUUAACUGACUGGACUUUAAAUCAGGCUCCUUUUUACUAUAGUCCGCAUGGUACAGUUUCUUGGAAUUUGUACAUGACCUAUCUGGCACACUGAGCAAAAUCAUUCUACAUCAGAUGCAAGACAGAUAACAAUCCAAAUUUGAGAAGUGAUUGAAAUGCCAGGGAAAGUAUUACAGGAAGAUACAAUGUAAAUUUUGAACUGGAAUUUAGAGGAAUAAUUGCUCAUCUUUUUGGUUCCUUUUGUAACAUUUAUAUUAUGCUGUUUAGUAUUCAUCUGGUUUAAAAAUAAAGUUCUUAACAUU